AUGGCGACGGAACGGGAAGUUCUUCAACGUGGGGAAGGAUCCACGGGUGACGAUGCGGAAGCGAUCGGGAACGCUGGAGAUUAGCUUCCGGAGCGGAGGGAGGCCAGAGGACUAUGAGGGGGAAUACCAGUGUUUCGCCUCGAAUGACUUUGGAACAGCGCUGACCAACAAGAUCCUACUACGAGUGUCCAAGUCCCCUCUGUGGCCCAAGGAGGUGUUGGAGCCAGUAGUAGUGGGUGAGGGUUCUUCCCUGGUCUUGGCCUGUAACCCUCCUCCAGGCCUGCCCCCUCCACACACCUUCUGGAUGAACAGCGCCAUGAUGUCUAUAACCCAAGAUAGGCGUGUGUCCAUGGGUCUGAAUGGAGAUCUGUAUUUCUCUAAUGUUCUGGCUAAAGACUCGCACACAGACUACAGCUGCAACGCCCGCUUCCUCUUCACACACACCAUCCAGCAGAAGAACCCCUUCACACUCAAAGUGCAGACCAGUCGUAAGGUAGCAGAGACUCCCCCUAACUUCCUCUCCCCCACGGGGACUGACAGCUCAAGGAUGACGGUGCUGAGAGGACAAAAACUACAGCUGGAGUGUAUUGCUGCCGGAGUUCCCACCCCCAGUAUAAAGUGGUUUAAGAAGGGAGGAGAUCUGAACCAGAAGGUGAAGCUAGACAACUUCAAUAAGACUCUGCGUAUUGACAGCGUGUCAGAGGAGGACGCAGGGGAGUACAUGUGUAUGGCCAACAAUCAGAUAGGAAGCAUCCGACACUCCAUCUUCGUCCAGGUUAAAGCGGCUCCCUAUUGGCUGGACAAGCCGUUCAACCUGGUGUUAGCACCGGAUGAGAGCAGUCGUCUGGUGUGUCGGGCCAAUGGGAACCCCAAACCACUCAUCCAGUGGCUGGUCAACGGAGAGCCUAUGGAGAGAAGUAGCUCCCUGCCCAACCCUAGAAGAUCGGUGGUAGGUGACACCAUCAUCUUUCAUUCUGUUCAGAUCGGCAGCAGCGCUGUGUACCAAUGUAACGCCUCCAAUCACCAUGGUUACCUGCUGGCCAACGCUUUCGUCAGCAUAUUGGACAUGGCUCCCAGGAUGCUUGGUGCUAAGAACCAGCUAAUAAAGGUGAUAGAGAACAACAGAACCUUCCUGGACUGUCCCUUCUUUGGCUCGCCACUUCCUGAGCUACGCUGGUUUAAGAAUGGUCAGGGCAGUGGUCUGGACGGUGGUCAAUACCGGGUCUACAUCAACGGGAGCCUAGAGAUCAAGCGUGCGCGGGUUGAGGACCAGGGUACAUACACCUGUGUGGCCAGCAACAUCCUGGGCAAGGAGGAGAACCAGGUCCAACUGGAGGUCAAAGAGCCGACCCGUAUCGUCAGGGCUCCAGAGCACCAGUCAGCAUUUCGAGGCACCAUGGCUCGUUUUGACUGCCGGGUCAAGUCAGACCUCACCCUGCCCAUCACUGUUACCUGGCUGAAGGAUGACAAGCCUCUCUCUCUGGGAUGGAGGUUAAAGAAGGAUGAGGAUUCCCUGUCCAUCCCUAAUGUCCACGAGCAGGAUGAGGGAACAUACACCUGUACUGUUAAAUCAGAGAUCGACCAAGAUACUGCCUCAGCACGCCUCACUGUGUUAGAGGGCACCUCCCUGUAUCCUUCACAGUCUAGUGCCUUGCCUGCAGCUCCUGAUGCUAUCCCUAGUGGCCUGAAAGGCUGGGGCACCAAGAACACAAACAUGGAGAUCAGCUGGGAGCCCUUGUUGGCCACAGAGCAAAACAGCCCUAACCUGCACUACUCGGUGUGGUGGAGGCGGAAGGAUACGGGGGAGGAAUGGAACAACGUGACUACGGUGGGGGCGAAGCACGUUGUCCACGACACAGAGACCUACGUUCCCUAUGAGAUCAAACUGCAGGCCAGGAAUGACUUUGGACCAGGACCUGAGUCCAACAUCAUCAUAGGAUAUUCUGGGGAGGACAAGCCUACAGCCCCUCCUACAAACCUGCAUGUGUCAAAGAUUGACAGCACCAAGGUCAAUGUCCACUGGACCCCGGUAGACCCCAAAACUGUCCUGGGAGAGUUCAAGGAGUACAGGCUGUACUACUGGCGUGAGGGCAGCAUGGUGAAGGGUCUGCAUGUGAAUAAAGAGAAGAAGACUAAAGGGUUCUACAGUACCGUGGCCCAGCCUACUGGCAUAUUGACAGACCUACAGCCAUACAGCCACUACCGCAUGUUUAUGGUGGUCGCCAACAGUCGUUACGAUGGGCCGCCUAGCAACCAUGUGGAUUUCCAUACCAAGGAAGGAGUGCCAGAUCUUCCUCAGUUCUUUAAGAUCGUCCAGAGGAGUCCAGAGUCUAUCCACCUAGAGUGGGACAAACCCCUGGAGCCUAACGGCAUUCUAAUUGGAUACACACUCAACUAUCAAGCAGUGAACGGGUCACAUGUGGGCCACAUGCAGAUGGAGAGUUUCCUCCCUGACGUGACAGCCUACAGACUCCGCUUGCCGGACCAAGCUGUCCGCUACAGGUUCUACCUGGCGGCCCACACACAGGUGGGGGCAGGGAAGGUCUACGCUGGGGAGUCUCCACAUUUCACCAAUGAAGGCAUGGCUCCUGGGAGGGUGAUCUGGAACCUAACGGUGAAGCCUAACAGUAACUACGCUAACGUCAGCUGGAACCACAACUUCCCGAUCGGCAGCAGCGAGUUCCAGCUAGAGUUCACACUGGACGGCAAUGGCAGUGUGUCAAGCGUACCAGUGAACCAGCCGCCCAUUAAGCUGGCGGGACUGAUCGAAGGGGCCAAGUACCACCUGAGGGUGUACUCCAACGAAUACCACAGCAUCUCCAGCAACGUUGUCACCUUUGAGACCAGCGCAGCCUACAUUAAAGACCAGGUGGACAUUGCUACCCAGGGCUGGUUUAUCGGGCUGAUGUGUGCCAUCGCUCUCAUCAUCCUCAUCCUCCUCAUCGUCUGCUUCAUCAAGAGGAGUCGCGGAGGAAAAUAUCCAGUACGAGAUAAAAAAGAUCUCCCUCUGGAGGGAAUGGAUCAGAAGGGAGAGGAUGGAUCAUUUGACUACCACAGCGACGAGGACAACAAGCCUCUGCAGGGCAGCCAGAACUCUCUGGAUGGCGGUGUGAAGGAGAGUGACGACAGCCUGGUGGACUAUGGCGAAGGAGGGGAUGGCCAGUUCAAUGAGGACGGCUCCUUCAUCGGCCAGUACACUGUCAAAAAGGACAAGGACGAGACGGAAGGCAACGAGAGUUCCGAGGCCACCUCACCCGUCAACGCCAUCUACUCGCUGGCAUAGUCCCCCUGCCCGGCCUGGCCUGGGGAUCUGAGGAAUCCCCCCUGGCGGUCGGAGGGUGAUAUUCCCACCACUACUAGUACUACCACACAGACAAACACAUACGCGAACACACACACAUAUGAAUAUAAGUGUAUUAAUAUAUAAAACACAUAUACACAUGUAAACACACGCAGCACCUGCCUGGAGACUGUUUGACCUUUUUAAAGCGGAGGGAGAAACCAUUCCUCUGAGAAUUAAGGGGGUGUGAAUGGAAUGGAGUUGAAGUUACUGUGAGCCAAGCCCUGACGUUCGGCUAUUGACGUUCUAUAGAAAUGGCUUGCCAAGGUGAAGUUUGGUAAUCUUCAACAGUACCAGUCUCUCUAUGCUCCUUCUUCUGCCCCUCACACAGACUGAGUGUGCCUAACGGGCAAGCUUCAGUUGUAGAGGACUAGGAGGAAACGCUGAGGUUUUCAACCAUUUUGUGUGGCUCUAGAGCUUUCUUUGUUUUCAACGUACUCAGCUUUCCCCCCAAACCCCUCUCUUUCUCCCCACACACAUCCUCACUCCCCCCUGUGUCUUUACCGAGCGUCCCUAGGGAAGGAGACACAGACACUUGUCCUGUGAGCAUAUCAGCUACGGACCACCAACAUAGCAGGAUGUUGGCAGAUAUGUUUAUCACAUUGAUAUUUCCACAGAAAGAGAUGGUUUUUUGUUCUCAAUUGAUACAGCAGAUGAGUCAUUUGAAUAUAUGAAUGCUGUAAACAGUGCUAGCUCACCUUCUAGUUCACUGCAAAACUAUGCAUUACCAACACCACAUGUUUUUGGGUAAAGUCUGGUUAUUAAUUAAAUUGUUUAUUUUUCAGUGUUGACUCACAGGUUUAAAGAAGAAUAACCUGCUUAAUGAAAUUCUAUCGUUCCCUUGCCUUCCCGCUGUCGUAAAUGUACCUAUAAUUCACCUCCAAACUCAAGUCGUGUUGAGAUAUUAAAAACGACCACAGUUACAGCAAUGCUAUUCCUGCCUCAAGCUUUUUUUAUAGUACAAGCCACUACAAUGUCAGUUAUAAAUGACAUAAAAAAAUAUAUUUUAUUUUCAAGCAUGGUAGUACUUUAGUGCAAGAGACCUAGGACAAGUAUCUUGGAGAGGAGGUUUUACCUGCUAUUCUGUUUGUACAUCUCUAUGGCGACUGGCACUCCGAGGAUGUGACUCACUUCCUGUUUAAUUCAUGAUUAGCAUGGCUGUGAUCCUUAGGCUUGAUUGGCAUCCCUUUUGUAUGCUUCUUUUAUAACAGUUGUUAGAGGCAGGCUGAAUCUGCAAAGGCAGGACUUUUCAACCCUUCAGAACUUAUUUAGAAUCCUAAUUGACUUUUGAACAACUCAAAAUAAAACCAAAACAUAUUUUAUGUCUUUGAAUAUAGGUUACAGACAACUCUGUGAAGGUAUUGAACAUUGAACGUCCCUGCAUAUUCUGCCUGGCCCUAGUCAUCAUUGACAUGUAGCCAUUAUGUCAACGAAGUGUGAAGAAGUUGGGGUGCACCAAUACAGUGGUGGGCUGCCAUUUUACCACCGAUACUGAUACAGUGGUGAACCACCAUUUUACCAUCGAUACUGAUACAGUGGUGAACCGCCAUUUUACCACCGAUACUGAUACAGUGGUGAACCGGCAUUUUACCACCGAUACUGAUACAGUGGUGAACCGCCAUUUUACCAUGUGAUCUUUUCAUUAGUAGAACUCACUAAUGAGUCUUCCUUGAUGUUUCACCUCUUAAAGUGGCAGAAAGCUCAGCACCCAUAUUUACAACUUAUUACAACGGCACUACUAAAGUCUUUCAUGUUAAAUCAAAUCGAUCUUAGCUAAUCAAUGGUGAUUAGCUAACGGACGUCACAUUGUAUUUCAUAUUUUAAUUGAUUCCCUUAUGUUUAUAUUAUUCAUUAAUAUAUGAGUAAUUCACUUAUUAAUUGUUGAAUACACAUUUUUGACCGACUGACUUGAUGGUCUCACAUCAGAACCAACUCAGAACCCACGAUAAAAAACUUUACUGAAUUUGAAAAUUGCCGUAUGACAUAUUUUGUGGCGAAGGUUAUUUCUGCUGUAAACGAGCAACAUUCACUGUAUGUCACCAUUAAAGAGGUUGUGCUGAUCUACUCACUGCUCUUCAUGUUGAGUAUUCAUGUUAUAUUACUGUUAGUAUUCCAUGUUGGUAUUAUCAUUUAUUUCAUAUGAAUUUCACAUAAUACAGGAAUGUAACAUUGCAUUUGUCAUACUGUAGCUAUAGGUACAUGAACUGUAGGUCCUGAAAAAAAGAUGUCUUUGUAAAUAUCCAUGAGAAAAACAGCUUGAUGGGUAAAAGAAAGAAUCACACAUCUGUAUCCAUCAAGAAAAUGUACCCGGUGAAUCUCAUGAUUGGGACUCAAAAUGACUUCAUCAAUGUUGUCCCGAUGAACUUCAUUUGAAAUGUUAAUAGAUGGCUUGUGUCUCUCUGUCGGUAACUUUUCUGAUCAUCACUAAUUCAAAAGAAAGAGUUGAGAAUAAACAGUAUAUUGUGGAACAGGUAUACAGGAGACCUAGUCAGCCCCUUUAUGGUGUAAAUGAAAUGUAUCUUUCUCUGCACACAUGUUCAAAGCAUAUAAAAAAGGGCAUUUUCUGAGUUACCGAAUAGCCAAUUUCCCCCUAUUUUGUUUGUUUUUGUAUUAAGGCAAACCAGGGACUUUCUCAAGGCUGCAGAGACUCAUCAUGCCUUUCACCUAACAUGCCUGCUGCUCCACCCCUCCUGCUGACAGCCCAGUAACUGGUUGCCAUUUUGAAAGGGAUACAUUUGGUCCUGUGCUUCACUCCUUGAAAGAGAUGUCUUUUGUCCUGCCUUCAUCCUCACCUAAGUCUUAAAAAAAGAAUAUGCUGUAUGUCCACCAACAGCCUCUGUGAACUGGUCCUCUUUACACCUCCUUCUUUCUCCAGCUUCUCAAAGCAAUAUCCGCAUAGAAUUGUGACCCAUUUGUUUUUUAUGCAGGUGCUUUGUGAUAGAAUUCACCAUGACCUCUGGGUACAGUUGCCUACCAUCUACAGACACCUGACUACUGUAUAAACAUGAGGAAACAGGAGACCAGAAGUGCUGGCAGAGACACAAUACAGUGCCCUUCCUGUUGCUAUAUGCUUUCCUAAACAAAGCAAGACUAAGCGCACAGAGAGACAGUCCACUCGCAAACCUUCAACAAACCGUCUGCUGAAUCACGGAAUGUUCGAUGACGGAUUUAGAACUUCUAGUUCAGAACUUUAGCCUUGAUCUCACCGUUGUUUGUGUUUGGGUCACAAUACUGUACAAGCUGUUUCCAUUGACAGCAUCAGUCCUUUCCCUGUAUGGAUCCUAAAGGGGGAAUUAGUGAACUGGCUCGAAAACAAUAAAAAGAGAAUUAUGCAUAUUUGCUGAUUCACAGUGCUUUCUUAUGUCUUAUUGUUUGUUUGUGCACGAUGAUUGGAAGUGCAUACAGAUGUGGGAUAUUAAUUUGAUCACCCUGCUGCAGGAGAACUUUACUGCAAUGCAGGACGUUUUCAACGUGGAGUGUAUUUGAGGUUUAAAAAGGCUUCUGAAGAAAUGUAAACAUUUCAGACUUGAUUUCUCAUUAUGAAAAAUGUAUCAACCCCAACAAAAAUGUCCAUUCAUUAUAAUCCACAUAAUAAUUCACAUUUCCUGCUGCUGCUGUAUUAUUUUUCUGUUAUAGCAAUCUGGCUCAAAUUAAGUUCCUACAUCUGUAUGGAGUAGUGUGUCUUCUCAUUCCGUUUGUAAUGUUUGCAUCGUCUAGACACCGCUCCUCCCCUACAGUAGCAAAUUAACUAACAAGGGGUUACAGAAAUGUAAGAGUAUCUGUGUAUUUUCACAGCUUUGAGUUCAGUUUAUUUGUGAUUCUGCAAAACUGGGAUUUUAUCCUUACAAUGAGACGCACAUAACUAUUAUAAAAUUGGAGCUUGGAUUAUUAGAAUUGUUGUGGAAUUAUUUUAGUGAAUUUGUAUUUCUCUGUUUACUUUUACAAGUGUAUCAAAGCAGCUUCCCAGUCUUGCUUCUACUCACGAAAUAACAUAUUUUGUAAGGUACAUCUAAUCAACAUUAAAAUGGCAUAUGAAUAUAUUCA